UCCCAAACACGCCCUUGGAUCGAUCGCCUUUGUCCUUAGGCUAUGUAGUAUUUUCCACACUCUUAACUUUCUCACCAAACAAACCAGCGCGAGAAAGUAGAGUGAGAAACUGGAGAUAGAAAGCGCCAUGGAAAUGAGGUUGGAGGACUUGGGCGACUUGGCUAUCAAUGCAAUUAUAUCCAAAUUGGACGCCAAAGACACUGUAGCGGUGUCUUGUGUCAGCAAAAAGCUUAGGGUUUCUGCAUCCGAAGAGUCUCUUUGGCUCAACCACUGCUCUCAAGAUCUCGGCCUCUCUGCCCCUAUCGAUCCUCUCGGAAAACCCGCUCCUUCUUUCAAGGAAACUUAUCAACUAUGGCGGGAAUCUUUUGGUAUGUACCCAUGGCCCCUUGUCAAACGGGUGAAAAGAUGCUGGGAUAGACUUAAAAACUGGUUGAGUGCAAAUUUCCCGGAGGCUGAUGCUACACUACGAAAAGGUGCAACAGAAGUUGAAAUUGAAGCGUUGGAGAACAUUUUGAAAGUGAAAUUGCCUCUUCCAACAAGGCUUCUCUAUCGCUUCUGUGAUGGUCAAGAGCUAACGGAAGAAGAUGUUGGAGGAACCGCUCUUGGCGGUUCAUUGGGCAUCAUAGGAGGUUACUGCUGUAAUGACCACCUUGUAAAUGUGUGCUUAUUACCUUUGCGUCAGGUAAUCUUGGAAACAAAGGAGAUUACAGACCAGCUAGGUUUUUCCUCAACAUCUAAGUAUGUUAUUGUGGCUGCUUCUUCCACACACUUUGGAAAGUUUUUUUUCCUCAAUUUUACCACUGGUCAACUUUAUGUUGGUACCAGGAGUCUUGUAUCAGCUGGAGAAAUGAUUCCUUGUGUACCAAAUGCACUGAUAAGUCCGAUGCAUGACAUGAACACUGGUCAACAGCAGGAUGCGAUGCUACUAUGGUUAGAAGAACAUGUUCGUCGCUUACAAAAUGGCAUUAUUAAACUCCGUAACGAAGGAAUGAUCAGAAGUAUCAACUUGUUCCCAGAAGAACCUCCUCUCUGUUCCACUGCAGUAACCAAUGGUGUUCAGGUUCGCGCUUCUGCUGUAUUCAUUCCGGAGGGUUGUAACCUUCGAGAUAAAUCUCAUAAGUAUGUGUUUGCUUAUUCAAUCCGUAUGCGCCUCCUGCCUGAGGGAUGCAUUGUCAAUGGAACAUCCUUUGGCUCCUGCCAACUGAAUUGGAGGCACUGGAUCAUCCGUGCAAAUGACCAUGUUGUAUCUGAAGUUAAUGCAGAAGCUGUUAUUGGAAAGUAUCCACUCUUAUAUCCUGGGGGGGAAGAAUUUGUUUAUGAAAGUUGCACCCAUCUAUCAUCAUCCCGAGGUUCAAUUGAAGGUGCUUUCACAUUUGUUCCUGGCAGAUUGGCAGACCCAAAAGGCAGUGCAUUUGAGGUUGAAGUGGGCCGGUUUCCUCUCCAGUGUCCAGACUACAUUUUCUGAUGUAAACAUUCAAUAGGGAAGCCUGCGGCUUUUUCCCCCGUCAAAUGGAUGGCAAUUCUUGGACCAAAAAAAUGGCGAUAGGUUGGUUGCUGAUUAGCCUUUAACAAGAAGAAAUUCAAUCGAAAAUAGCUUUGUUUUCUUGGGUUGAAAUGUCCUCUCGAGACUUUAACCCUCUGCAGUUUCUCAUGGAGGAGAAACCCAAAAGAGAAAAAGGAAAAAGAAAAAGGAAAGCUAACUGUUCAGGGAGAAUGUAAAAAGGGCCUCUUUCAACUUGUUUUCUAUUUUUUUUUCCUUCAAUUUUUAAUUUGGCUUUCUUUUAGGUUUGUGGGUGUAGUGUUGAAUUUUGGGUUAAUCAAAACGCCUAUAUGGGUGUGGUUUUAUUUGAGAAUCUAUGUUUGCUUGUUGAA